AUGAUAACCCUAUGUCGAUUCCUUUCCCUGCUCACCGUAAUCGCCUCCACAGCCCUUUCCCUCGCCGUUCCUCCAACAUCAGACCUCUCUCCCAUCCACCACCCAGUGAACCUCACAUCGACAACACCCCCCACCAACGUUUCCUCCUCCUCCUCCCCCUCCGCCAACAGCGUAGCCCACUGCUUCACCAACGCCAGCCCCUUCGCCCGCCGCAGACCCAGGUUCACAGACUGCGGCGCCGCCAUCCGCCUCCUGCCCUCCAACCACAUCAUCGGCAACUUCCACAACGCCGGCGCCGACGACCAGUUCCGACUCCCGGUCCAGAAGACAUGCGGCAGCUGCACCGUGGAAGCGAAGAUCCAGAGCGGGUUCAGCGAGGACACGAGCACGUGGCUCGGGGUCGGAGCCGCGGCGACGCAGCUGAACAUGGCGUGUGUGAACACGUUCAGUUUCCCCGUGAAGAUUGGCGGGUGGACGACUACGGGGAGCGUGGAGCGGAUCACGGUUAUUUUGCGCUACGCGGGCAUGAGGAGUGGUCUGGACGCCCUGUGA